GCUUCUCCUGAAGGAAAACCUCAUUCCUACUUAUCCCAGCCCCCCAAACCAACCAGGAUAUUCCCCCAAAUCCUGAUUUUUUGGCUUCUUUCCCCUCAGGCCGGGCUCCAUGGCGGAGCAGGAGAGGCCACGGCGGCUCCUGAGGCUGGUCCAGGAGGGAAACCUGGAUCUCCUGCGGGAUGAGCUGAGGCUGGAUGAGAUUCCAGAGGCUCCCUGCUGGCGCUGGGGACGUUUGGGAGACUCCCUGCUGCACCAUGCAGCUCGCUCAGGACACCAGGAUGUGCUGGAAUUCCUGGUGCAGGAGCUGGGCAUGGACAUGGAGGUGGCCAAUGGGGACUACAAGAGGCCCAUCCAUGAAGCUGCUUCCAUGGGACACCAGAAAUGUGUGGCCUUCCUGCUGGAGAGAGGGGCGAGCGUGGACUGCUUGAAAAAAGGUGACUGGACUCCCCUGAUGAUGGCGUGCACCAGGAAAAACUUGGAAGUGAUCAAAACUCUGGUGGAGCACGGAGCCAACCCCUUGUUGAGGAAUAAGGAUGGCUGGAAUUGUUUCCACAUUGCCAGCAGGGAAGGACAUCCUGAGGUGCUCCAGUACCUCCUGGAUGUGUCCCCAAACUGCUGGGACACAGAGAGCACCACUGGGAGGACUCCUCUGCACACAGCAGCAAUGCACGGCUGUUCCCAGGUUGUGGAGCUGCUCCUGGAACGGUGCCAGUACAAAGCUGACAGCAGGGACAGCUGUGGGGUCACUCCCUUCAUGGAUGCUCUCCAGAAUGGGCACAUUGGAAUUGCCCAGCUGCUCCUGGAGAAACACCAGGCCUGUCCCACAGCUGUGGAUGCCCUGGGUGCUCAGGCCUUGCACAGGGCAGCUGUGACAGCCCAGGAUGGCUCCAUCCACUUCCUGGUGUCCCAGCUGGGCGUGGAUGUCAAUGGGAGAGCGACGUCCCUGCAGCUGCCAGCCCUGCACUAUGCAGCCAAGGAAGGACAUGGACACACCAUCCAGACCCUGCUGUCCCUCGGUGCUGACAUCCAGGCUAAGGAUGGGAAGGGACGUUCUGGUGAGAAUUCCAAACUUUUUCCAAACUUUUCUGUGACACCAAGAGCUUCCAUGAGCACAUCCCAACCUCAGAUGCCAAAUCCAUGGAUGUAUUUUCUCUGGGAGCAACAUGAUGGAUCAUCCCAGAGGCUUUUUGGGCAUUUUGCAUUGCCUGGCUUUCAGUUUGCUGGAAUUUCUGCUGCGCCUUUUCCCUUGAGGGAAGAAAUUGGGAAUUCCUAGGUUAUUUUUCACCUGAGGAGUUCCAGUGCUGCCUCCUCCGUCUCUAUUUUGCCUGGAAUGAUCCUGUUGAAAGCAAGUUGGAUGGACAAACCAUGAUUGAGCUCUCCAGCCUCAAUUCUUUAGCAAACAGCCUGGAAAUGGCUGAUGAGCAAAUAACACCAGAGAGCUGGCUGGAAAUAGAGUUGCUAUAGUGAUGCUGGAGAGUCGGCAUUCCCAGUGGGAAAGGCUCAGGCAGC